CUGUUUGAUUUUGUGUGUCGGCAUUUAUUUUUUCUUUUCGGCUGAUGCAAAGAGAAGCGACCCCUUCUAUCUUGGAAUGAUGUGGACCUCUCACGAUUCUGUUGGAUUGGUUUUCUUCGCCGGAUUCUGUGUGCAGUUGGGAUUCUCCUUUGAAGGUCGCUUCACGGAUAUGCCCUCCAACAUGACGGUUAAAGAGGGGCAGAACAUAGAAAUGGUGUGCGCCUUCCAGAGCGGAACCGCGUCCGUGUAUUUGGAGAUCCAGUGGUGGUUCGUGAAAGCGCCGGAACCCACUGACAGCGAGGAGGAGGUCGAUGCUGAAGAGAUGGAGAUGAUAGCAGAGCCGGAUCCCGAUGACGACGGCACAAAAAUAAGUACAGUGAAAGUCCAGGGCAACGACAUCUCACACAAGCUGCAGAUCUCCAGAGUCAGCAAGGGUGACGAAGGACUGUAUGAGUGCCGGGUGACACGGGCUAACUACGGAGAGAUUGUGGAGUACAAAGUCCAAGCCUGGCUGAGGGUCAACGCCACGGCCAGGCCACGACGGCCACUGGAGCCUCCCAAGAAAAGCUCCCCGCUGCAUCUGACGGACAAGAAGCCAAGAAAGUCCAGCUCACCUCUGGGCCAGGACAGCAUGAGCUCAGACCAGAGGGUGGCUUCCACCUCCACCUCUCACACAUCCUCCAACACAGCUCAACAAAACCCCGGCUCAGAUCCCCGCAAGCCAAAUGAGAUGUGGUGGGGAGGAAUAAAGGGUCAAAGCCCUCCAUCUCUGCCCUCCUACCGCUCCUCCCUUCAUCCCCCCAAUCCCCGGCAGCCCAGACAAUCCAGAGCUGGGCCGCAAGUUCAGGUUCGAUGUGUCGAGACGCAGGCGGAUCAAAGAGGAGGCUGA